AUGGCGGCGGCAGACGUCGACAUCGGCUACAUCGCGGCCCAUCUUGGCGUCGAUGAGCCUGCGGUCGCGGCCCUGACUACCGAACCGACCGUCGACCUCGUCUCCGUCCUGCUGCAGGCCGUGGCCUCCAAGGCACACGAAUUCGACACCUUGUUCGCCGACAAGCUGCAGACCGACAUCGAGCUCGAGAACGCCGUACGCAGCGCCGAGACGCGGUCGCAGACGUCCAAGGUGACGGCCGAAAAGGCUCUCAAGGAGGUGGAGGAGGCGAGGCAGCGGUUGAAAGAAGAGGAAACCAAACGCCAGUCGCUCGAAAACGAACUGCAGAUCCUCAAGUCGAAAAGCUCGGACCAUGCGGCAGACGUCAAGGCGCUCAACGACAAAAUCGAGACCCUCCAGUCUUCGAACCGCACCAACCUAAGCAUCAUCGAGGCCAACAACAAACGCGACCAGACCGUCACCGAUGAGUUGACCAAGCAACACCAACGCAAUGUAGACCUCUCCCGCGAGAUGACCGUCCUUCAGCAGUCCGAGCAGAACGCCAAGGGCCAGCUCAACAGCGCCAAGUACCGAGAGGAUUCCCUGAAGCAGCAGCUCGAGCUCGCCCGCCGCAAUGGCGAGUGGCUCGAGACCGAACUCAAGACCAAGAGCGAGGAGGCUCUCAAGUACCGGAAGGAAAAGGGCGCUCGCAUCGCCGAGCUGCAGCGCGAAAGCGAGGACGCGAGGACCAGCCUCGACGCCCUCAAGCGAUCCGAGCAGCAGCUGCGCGAGCGGCUCGAUGCGAUGCAGGCCAAGGCGGACGAAGCCUUCGUCAAGCUGCAGAAGCAGGAGGGAUCCUUCGCCUCCACUGUCGAGAGCUACAAGCAGGAGCUCGAGGAUCAGCGUAGGUUGGUCGACAUGUCGGACCAGCUGAGCAAGAAGCACCAGGAGCGUGUCCGGGAUCUCGAGGCCGAAAAGGAGCGGCUCAAGGACAACUACGAAAACGAGCUUCGACGGGUCCGUCUCGAGCUCGAGCAGGAGCGGCAGACGACGACUCAGAUGGAGGAAAAGGUUCACCAGCUCGAGAGCGAACUCGACGAGUUGCAGGCUCGUCUGGAGCAAGGCCCCCCACCCGGAUCCGCGCCCCAGACGCCGCGUGCGAACGGAUCUCUCCUCCGUCCCGCCUCACCCUUCGCGACGCCGGCAUCCGCUCGGUCCAAGUCGGCCGUCACCGCCACCCAAGCCAUCGAGCAGCUCUACCAAGUCAAGGGCCAGCUGGCCAGCGAGCGACGUCGCAACCAGCAGCUCACCGAGGAACUCGACAACAUGAUCUCCGCCUUGGAGGCAAAGGCGCCCGAGAUGCAGGAGCUGCAGGCGGAAACCGAAACGCUCCGCGAAGGACUCGCCCGCAUGUCCGAGUCGUCGCAGCAGAGCUUCGAGGACCGCGACGCCGCCAGGAGAGCGGCGCGCAAGGCCGAGAGCUUGCUCGCCAACGCCCAGUCUGAGACCAAGAUUCUCAAGACGCAGCUCCGCGACCUUGGCACCCAGAUCCAACUGCUCGUCUUCAACAUCUACGCUCUCGAAAAGGGCAUGGACCAGCUGACGGAAGACGAAAAGUUCCGACUCCAGCAGCUGGAAAAGGGCGAGAUCACCGAGGAGGCCCUCUCCGACAUGUCCGACACCCACCAGUUCAUCACCCAGAAGCUCGUCGUCUUCAAGGACAUCAAGGCGCUGCAGACCAAGAACGAGGACCUCAUGCGCAUCACCCGCGAGCUCGCCGAGCAGAUCGAGAGCGAGGAAGCCCUGGCGGCCAAGCACCAGGCCAAGGUGGACCACGACAACGUCGAGAAGCUCCAGCGGGAGCUCGAGCACAUGACUGAGGAGAGCAAGUCCAUCAAGAACACCAUGGAGAGCUACAAGAUGGAGCGGGACAUGUUCCGCCGCAUUCUCCAGCAGCGCGGCGUUGGCGGCGACGAGGCCUCCAUGAUGCGCAGCUCCCUCGACGGCAGCCAGCGUCCUCCCCUCGCCAGCAUCGAGGGAGACCAGACCGAGGCCCUCAACGACGCCUUGCGCAAGCUCCAGGCCGACUACGACAGCUACCGGGAUGCCCAGGACGACGUUCGCAAGGACCUCCGCGAUAAGAUUGACCACCUGUCGUCGGAGAAGGGCUCUCUCCAGACGGAGCGGGUGAAGCUUCAGGGUGACUUGAGGCUCGAGUCCGAGCGCAGGGAGAUGCUGCAGAGCAACUACGUCGCCCUGCGAGCCGAGAACGCCGAGCUCCAGAAGCGGAGCCAGAGCCUCUCCGAGAUGGCCGCCAAGCAGGACAUUCGGACCCAGCAAGUUGCCGAGGAGCUCAUCGAGGCCAAGGGGCUCCUCGACAGCAUGAGGAAUGAGACGGCCAACCUCAAGGCCGAGAAGAAGCUGUGGAGAGACAUCCAAGAUCGGAUGAGCAAGGACAACGAAAGUUUGAUCGAAGAAAAGAACCGGCUGAACAAUCUACUGGCCACCCAGCAGUCGCUAGAGAACGAACGCAACCUGUCCGACUCCGAGGCGCGACGAAAGGCCCAGGCCAAGAUCGAGACUCUGGAGCGCGAGCUCGGUGAGGCGCAGCGCAAGCUGUCGAACGAGGCAGAGGAAACCAAGAAGCUGCAGCUGAGGAAGGAGUACGAGGCGAAGGAGUCCCAGAACCGCAUCGACGAGCUCAUGACGAGCCUGAGCCGGAUUCGAGAGGAGCAUGUCAGCGUCAAGACGUCGAGGGAUCAUCUCCAGGCCCGCGUUGACGAGUUGACGGUUGAGCUCCGCAACGCCGAGGAGCGCGUCGGCCGUCUGCAGCCACGACCGACCCCCCGACCCGGCACGUUGACGGCCGGCGACCAGCGCCAGCAGGAGCUCGAGUCCGAACUGCACGAUCUCAACAGUGAAAUUUCCGAUCUCAAGCGGGAUCUGGACCUCGCCAACACCCAGCUCGAGUAUGCCAAGGCGCAAGCCGAGCAGUAUAGGGAGCUGAGCCAGGGCAACGAGGAGGCCCUGGAGGAUCUCCGCGCAUCCCGAGAGUCUCACCAACAGGAAAUGGAGGCCAUCAUCGGCGAGAAGGAUGCCAAGAUCAAAGAACUGAGCCAGAGAAUCGAGGACGUCUCCUCGGAGCUGUCGCAAACCAACAGCGAGCUGUCGACCCUGCGGGACUCCCAAGGAGAGGUUGCGCGCAAGUACGAGGACGAAAAGGCGAUACUCGACGAGGAGCUCAACCGGCUCAAGGAGGACAGCGCCAGACACGUCGAGGCCGCGCGCUAUCAUCAGCAAGACCUCCGUGCCCAGGCCGAGAUUGCGACCAAGGCCCAGCAAGACUAUGAGCAGGAGCUCGUCAAGCAUGCCGACGCUGCCAGGCUCGUCCAGCAGCUCCGGGCUGAGCACAACGAGUUGAAGAGCCAGACGGCGACGCUCAGAGCCGAGGCCGAAUCUGCCAGGGUAACGCUUUCUCAGAGUGAGAGCUCUUGGGAGGACCGGCGGCUGCAUCUCGAGCAGGAAAUGGCCGAGCUGACGACUCGCCGCGAGGACGCGAACGCGCAGAACAAGCUUCUCCACCAGCAGCUGGAGGCCCUGACCGCUCAGGUGUCUGCACUGCAGCAGAAUCGCGGCGGUGACGAGGACGACGGCGCGGCCGCGGCGCCGGUUCAGGUUGGCGACGCCUUGGAAGGCUUGCGCGAGCUCAACAGCUACCUCCGGCGCGAGAAGGAAAUUCUCGAGGUCCAGUACGACCUCAAGUCCCAGGAGUCGAAGAGGCUGCAGCAGCAGGUGGAGUACGUGCAGUCGCAGCUCGACGACGCCCGCCUGAAGCUCGACCAGGAGCGCACGCAAGCGGCUGAGGGCAACCGCAACUCCAUGACGCACCAGGACCUCAUGGAAAAGCUCAACGAGCUCAACCUUUACCGUGAGAGCAGCGCGACGCUGCGAAAUGAAAACUCGACGCUCAAGGACCAGAUUGCGGAGAAGAGCGUCAGGAUCCAAGAGAUGGAGGCCAAGGUGCAGCCGCUUGAGGCCGAAAUCGACAGCCUCGCGACGCAAAAAUCGUACCUAGAGGAGGAGAUUAAGCAGAUACAAGAGGACCGGGACCGGUGGCAGAAGCGGACGGAAGGCAUCCUGACCAAGUACGGACGCGUCGAUCCGGCCGAAAUGGAGACGCUCAAGCAGACGAUCCAAGGCCUCACGGAGGAGCGUGACGCCCUCAAGGAAGCCGAGGUGCCCUUGCGGAUGAAGAUGACCGAGCUGGAGUCGACGCUCGAGAGCGAGCGCGAGGCAUGGCAGACGACCCGCUCCAGACUUACCGACCAGUUCAAGGAACGGUCGAGGAAGCUCACGACGGACAAGAACGAGCUGACGGUGAAGGCCAACGAGCUGCAGGUGCAGCUGGACCAAACCAACGGCCAGCUCCAAGCGCUCCAAGCGGCGCAGCAGGGUACCGAGGACCUUCUCAGGGACAGGGCGGACCUGCAACAGCAGGUCGAAGCGUUCAAGAACUUGGUGGACGAGCUCCGGCAGCAGAACAGCCAAGAGCAGGCCGUCGAAGGGUCGUCGGCGGCGACGGAGAUUGUCGGCCAGCUGGAGCAGCAGCUCGCCGACAGCCGCAAGGAGCUGGAGUCGGUGAACGCGCAAAGGCUCGGGGCGCAGCAGCAGUUGGAGAACGUCCGUGCUUCGAUGCAGAUCGCCAUCUCGGAGCGCGACGAUGCCAGGCAACGGCUGCAAGCCGCGGCGACGACGGCGACGGGUACCGCCGAAACGGAGGAGCCUUCAACGGCUGAGCCGACGACGGGCGAGGAGCAGCCUGGCCCGUCCGUCCUGUCUGACGAGGAUCGGAAGGCGCUCGAGGACAAGAUUGCGGCGGCCGAGGCCAAGGCGGCCGAGUUCGAGAUCAAGGCAAACGAGACGGAGGCGAAGAUUGCGCAGACGGUCAAGGAGCGGUGCGACAAGAUGCGGGACGCGCUGAACAAGAAAUUGAGAGAGAGCCGGACGAAGAUGGACGAGGAGUUCCAGCAGAAGGAUGCGGACUUCAAGCUGAGGCUCGAGCAGGAGAAGCUCAUCUGGAAGGCCGAGAACCCGAUCGGGGCGCCGGCGAAUGCAGGGGAGGCACCGUCGACGCCAGCCAAGGCCGAAUUUGCGCAAGCGCCGCCCGCGACGCCGACGACGGUUGUUAGUGCCGCCGAACUUUCCCAGCUGGACGACGCGGGCAUCAGACAGUUCCUGUCGACAAACGCGACGGUCAAGAGCAUAAUCGCCGCCAACAUCAAGAAGAGGCUCGAGGCCGAGACGGCCAAGAUAAAGGGCGACGUGGACGCCAAGAUCCAGGCAGCGCGCGACCAGGCUCAGCUAAUGGAGUCCAAGAAGUCCAUUUUGCGUGUCAACCGCGCAGAAAACCGGCUCAAGACGGCCGAUGCCAAGCUCGGCAUCAUCGAGACGGCUGCGACGGAGACGCCCCAGAAGCCGGUGGUGGAGGUUUGGGAAGAAGUGAAGAAGACGACGAGCGGCCCUGUCAUGGUCGCCGGGCCCGGUACGCCGGCCAAAUCGGCGACGCCGGCCCCGGCAGGCGGCACGCCGCAGCCCGACGCCGCCAAGGCUGAACAGCCGGCGGAAGCGAAGGCUCCGAUUGCGUCUGCUCUGGCGCCGCCUGCUCCACUGGUGCUACCUGCUCAGGGGUCGCCUGCUCUGGCCCAGCCUUCUCCGCAGCCGGCUUCCGGUUUCCCGCCCUCCAUCCCCGCCAACCCGUUUGCGACUUCCAUCCUGGGCGCCAAGCCAGCUUCGAUCCCGGCCAACCCGUUCGCGACGGCCGUCCCCGGCAACAAGCCGGAUGGAAACGUGGCACCGAAGGCCGAGCCAACCGCCCCGGCGGCCAACACCCAGGGCCAGGCGCCUAGAUCGGGCAUUCCCAUGCCCCGCGGGGGUGGUCGCGGGCGAGGAGGUGGAUCCUACGCUGCUCCCGGACAGCGAGCGGCCAGCCUCAGCCAGGAGGGAGGCCAGGGAGGCCAGGGCGGCCGAGGCCGAGGACGCGGCGGAUUCAAUCAAGGCGGCGCGGACGCGUCGGCGGGAGGCAAUAAGCGUCCCAGGGGGGAGUCGGAGGCCACUCGGGGAGCGAAAAGGGCGCGUGGAAACCACUAG